AUGUGGAUGAUAACGAGUGUUGUACUAAUGAUUGUACGACCAUUCAUUACCAGGCCAACAAUAUACAACAGUGCAGUGGGUGCAUUCACAGCAACUCCUUUCAUUUCCGAUGACAUCCAAUGGGAAGUCGAAAAUUACAUUUCUGUAUUGCUGCCUAUUCACAACGUAUCAGUAGUUGUGAUAUUGGUGAUGUUGUAUUCAAUUAUAUGCUGUCACGUCAUGAGAGUAAGCCGCCUUGCUCACACAAAUAUCGACAAAGUACAAAUACAGGUAAAUUACUCAAUAAAAGGCUUCGGGUGUCACGCGCGAUAG